AUGAUGUUCACCAGGACCCUCGUCGUUCUCUCCGUCGCCCUCUCCGCCCUCGCCAGCCCCCACAUGGCUCGCGGCGUGAAGCACCACGACAUCGCCCGCCGUGCCGCGAUGCCUGAGGCUGCCCCGGAGCCCGUACUUGUCGCUCCCCCCAAGGUCCGCAAGCGCGCCAGCGACCGCUGCAAGACCCGUUCGUCGAGCAGCUCCGCCGCCACCACCUCGUCCGUAUCCACCUCAUCUUCCACUCCCUCCACGUCUUCAACACACGAUUCCUCUUCUUCUUCCACGCACACUUCUAGCUCCCUUGUCGUUCCCCAGAACAAGGCGACCACGAAGACGUCGACUUCGGAGGCCCCCGCGACUACCUCCUCCACGAGCUCUGCCAACGACCCCCUCGGCAUCCUUACCGGCACGCACACCGGCCAAGCCACGUACUACGCGACCGGUCUCGGUGCGUGCGGUAUCACCAACACCGAUUCCGACUUCAUUGUCGCGGUCUCGCACGAGCUCUUUGACAACUACCCCGGCUACGCCGGCGGCAACCCGAACAACAACCCCAUGUGCGGCAAAUCGAUCAACGUGAACUACAACGGACACCAGAUCACCGUCAAGGCGACGGACCGCUGCGCGGGCUGCGCCAUGUUCGACCUCGACUUCUCGCCCGACGCGUUCAGCCAGCUCGCCUCCCAGAGCCUCGGCCGCCUGUCUGGCAUGACCUGGUCUGGGCGUAAACGCACAUGGGCCCCCGUGCCGUGGUGCACGAUACCAGACGCACCUCGCUCUCCAGUGUUCCCUUCCUGGGUGCCGAUCCUUUAA